GACACGUUCUCUAGUGUUUAGCUUUAUGGAAAGGCGAUGUCAUAUUGCUUUAUCGCUUCGCAAGUCACAAUAGCAUUGAUAAACACAACAUCAGAACCUGGGAACGGGUAAACACGCGGAAAGCGAUCACGACAAGUUUUACCAGUCCCAGUGUCUCCUCACUUGCCCGGUCUCCUCUGACAGUGGAAGAGAACCGAGAGGCAAUCAAGGUGAAAGUAGACCCGUGUCGCCGCCAAGACAGACCUUGCCGUCGCGUAACCGCGCAGCGCAAAGUAUUGGAUCAACUACAUCUCUGCGCCCAUUACAGAAUCGACGCUUCCGCGCACGACGUGUACAUUAUUCUCACCGUCCGCAACAUGGCACAAUCUUCUGCUGGCACUGCGGCGCCAUUCAGCUUGCGCGUUGUUCAAAGGACCCUGGGCAAAAGCCUCAUUGUCGCGCUCCCACUCCCCUCCAGUGCUAUCAUACUGCGACAAUCUUCACCUCUCAGCUCUCCCACUGUCGCUGCGAAUUUGCCGACACUCAGCCGCGCCUUCUGGAAGAGGCUCAGCUACAGCCCGGCGCACCUCACAAUCGGCACCGUCCUCCGAAGACUCGGACUCCGACAAGUUCCUAACAGCAAGCGGAUUGUGUUUCAAUAUAAUCAAGUUGUUCGGCUUGCUGAUGCUGUUGCUGAGGUGCUUAGGAAACUGCCUACCGCUCUGGAGGAGCUGAUCGAAGCUGCUGCUGAAUUCAAGCCUACCGCGCUGGACGAAGACAUCGCGCACCUCCUUUACCGGUUUGGAAACGACAUCUGGGGCGCAAAGAACGAGAGACCAUGGCUUCUCCAAGCCAGUGAAGGUGUAGUGGAGUAUCAGAAAGAUCUCGUGUUUGGAGAUGUUGCCGAUCAAGAAGUAAUGGUUUACUACCUUCGUCUAUGGAUCUUCGUCAAAGCCUUCAACGCUAUGCGCAAGACUGCUCAACCUCGCGCAAAGAACACUGCACCUGCAAAUCUUGAUGAGCAAACUCGAAGAACGUCUACACGUCGGACUGGCGGAUCAUCACUACUGACCCAAGAUCUUCAGCCUCUCACGCCUGGCAGCUCGUUGUCAGCCACCGCCGAUCAUGUUGCGACCUCAACUGGUUCGAACGCUGCACCUGUCCCUGCACCGGACUCGAAAAAUCUUCACUUUGAUAGCACAAUACAAAUGCGCCGAACAGCACGCACAUCGGAACCGCACAAGGACUUUGUAUAUAUCGACGGUGACUCAAAAGAAUCCGUGGAUGAGCUGUCUGAGCUCGAAGAAGAGUCAGACGACGAGACUCCGAGGCACUACAAAGGCAAAGGCAGAGCAUGGAAGAAGACAGAAGCAGACGAAGACCCGGCAUUCCUGUCCAAGGGGGCUCGCAGAUCAAGUAAGCGUAGUACAAGUGAUAUCCAAUCCCAGGUAACUGGCAGACCAAGAGGUAGACCACCAAAGAGGCUGGGGAAGGAGACAUUGUCAGCACCUGCCCGGCACUCGGUGUCAGCGCAGGAGAUGUCAGGGCAGAAAGAAAGCCAGCGCCCAAGAAGGAAGUACCGCUCCGAAGGGGUCGUUAACAACAGCUCAGAUGGGUCUGAAGACAGAAGCAACAUCUCUACGAAAGCCACCAAGACAGCUGUGGGCAACGGAAUCAAUUCACAGUCCCGACAACAGCCCGGUGGUAAGUCUGCACGACAGCCACCAGGAGCGUGCGAAUCGUGUCGCCGACGGCGUCAGAAGUGCGAUCGGGCGCGUCCAGAGUGUGGCCGCUGCAUACUGCUUGGUUUCAUUUGCAGGUACAUUCCAAACCCAACUUCCGCUACGCCUGUGAAGUCGACUCCCCGACCUAGAGCAGAGGAGAUGGAGGCUGAAGUGCAUAUUGAGAGCAAGCACGGUCCAUCGGACCGGCUCACAACCAACGGUAACAUGCAGCUACAGAAAGUCGAUCUGCCUCUAGACGCAGAUUGGGACGAAGGGCGUUGGCGGUAUUUUCACCUACGAAGCAGUAGAGAUCACACCAUGCUCGCAACAAUGCGAUCCCUCGGACUAAAAGUGAUGCCGAAGAAUCGCGCUGCGACCAGGUUUGUGGUCGAGAGCUACGUAUCUCUGUGCAAAGCCAUCUGUCAGAUUGCAGGAAAGCUCUGCGACAACCUCUCGGCCGCAGAACUGAUUGCCUUUGCCGCAGACCCAUCCUAUCUGGAUGAAGAGAUCGAUAUCCUAUUCGACGACUAUUCAUUCAUCUGGAGUGUCGAUGCGGAUCGCACAAAGCUUCUGACUGCGGGAUCUGACCUACUCUACCCAACAGACCUUUCCUACGAGGACGACGAUGACAGGAAACUGCUAUGGAUUCACCUCCACCGUUGGACCUUCAUAGUAGCACUUGAGAAGUGCAAAGAAGUGCACGGAGCGGGGGUGCACAACAUGAGAAAAGUGAUCGAUACCGAGAUCCCCACAAACACUGAUAACCAGUGGCAGUUGGAGGGUACUUACACCUUCGAAAGCCCUGAGGACAGUGUAGCUUUCCAAUUCGAGUCUAACGUCUCUACGCCGACUAAUGACCAGCCGUUGGAGCCAGCCCCAGAAUCAGCAGGAGACAUGUUUUCCGAUCUCACAUUGCGAGAUCACGAGACGCGGCUCCUGAAAGCUGUUGGCAAUUUGUUUGCAGAUGUGAAGAGCGGACAGCAAGACAACGGAACAGCAACCAUUACGCGAAGGCCCUCUAAACGUCAGCAGAAGCGCAAAGACAGCAGCAUAGCAACCCCCGAGCAGCCAGACGCUACCCGACCCAACAAGCAACGCCGAGUUGGCCGCACGCUGACCAAGCCCGACGACUUCACUGCCCUCUUCAUGAGCUACCUUUCCAACUUUGCCGAUCCCGAAUUCGACGAGCUCGCUGGUCUGGCCAGCAUUGAAAAAGAGCUGCCUAUCGUCAAGGAUUACGCCAGCGGUCUCGACACAAAGCAACGCGCGCGCCUGAGCAGCACCGUCCUCGCCGUCACGUUGCCAGCUUGGCUGGCGUAUCGCAGCGUGAUCGUCGAGUCGAAGCGUAAGAUCGCCGCCAUGCCGCCUCUAGCGGAGGCGCCGAGUCGUCAAGUAGCCAUCAUGGAGCGCAACAGGCUCGCGACGCUUCUUCGGAAGACGCAUAAGACGUUUGUGAAAGCAGGUCACGAUGACUUGAGGCCGGAACAAGUCAUCUACCAUGCAUUGAUGAUGCUGAUGAACGAGCAUGGUAACUCUCAGAUAGCGGAGGACAUUCGAGGGGGAUUCAAGCGCAUGGAGGAUGAGUUUACGAGUCUCGGGGAUCAACUGAUGAAGGAUGGAGGUGCGAAGUAUGUAAUGGGCGGCGCUGCGUCGGUGGCCGUUCUGAAAGAGAUGCAGCCGCACGCAAGGGCUGGUCGUUGAGGCACCUUGGAGUCUGUCAUGAUUGAGUAUGAAAAGUCAAGGCAGUGUCAGAUCCACAGUCAAUGCAAGUGGUGUUCAAAUGUGGUAUUAUCAUCUUGUAGGCUCAACACCGCUCCAACGUGUAGCUCGCUGAGUAUCGACUGCCAACAGUGUCUUCUCCGAUCCCCCUGGUUCACGGCCCGAUUCAUGUACACUAACUGAUCACUUCGGCGUGAUGAUAACGCCCUCAUACUCUCGGCUCGCUAUGUAGUCCAGCGUGCGCUGGAAGUGUUUCCUGGGGUUCUCGAGACUUGAUGCGUUUUCGUUGGAUUGGAGGUUCGAGUGUAUGAGUUCGAUUAGGCCGUUGAGGUACUUUGUUGUAACCUGGAUAUUGUUAGUUUGACU